AUGAACGGCUACCACCAUCACAACGAACAUGCCAACCGAUACCACCAUCGACCGACGGGGGGGUUUGCGUCUCGUGGUGCGCCUCCACCACCGGGGUUUUAUCCGGCGUCAACUGGGCUGCCACCGCUUCAACCUGCGUCGCGACAAUCACCACCACCAUCAGCGCAUGCGAUACCUUCGACACCACCACCACCACCGCCGCCGCUGAGCGCUACCCCCCUUACGUCGAUACGACACCAGCAGCCGAUACACCACCACCACCAACACCACCACCCAUCGCACCUCAUCACCUCAACAACAUCACCACCAUUACCCUCCCCCUCCGCCUCCUCCAUCCCAUCAGAAACCCGCACCCUCCUCACCUUCCCAACCCCAGGCCUCCCCUCCCCCCGAAUAAUCCGCCCAUCCCAACCCCCCGUGCGAUACCCCCCCUCAAUAAUAAAAUACAACAACUCCGACCCCCACCACCAGCGACACAUCGUCUCAACCCUCCAAACAACCUCCAACCUCCGAAACCUCUCCUUCUUGUUCCAUCCCCCCGCCCCAUCCCGACAACAACAACCGACCGAUAGCAACGCCCACCUUCCCGCCCAAAUCCAAACCAACCGCUGGCUCUGCUGCCAGUGCGCAGAAGAGGGCUUCGUCGACCCGGUAGGAACAGUCCACCUCGUGGGUGAAACAGAAGAGAUGUACAGCACCUGCCUGUUCCGCCCAUCCAGCUGUCACCACAAAAAGUGCGUAAACUGUGUUUUAUACGCUGGCCCAGCCUCCAGCCGAGACCCGGUACGGGGGGUGAAAUUUCUUGUUAGGACUGUUGGGGGGUUGUACACCAGUGGACGGUUUAUCGACCCUGUACGCUGGGAGUGUGGGGUAUGCGGGGAGUGGGACAAUAACAAGAUUGACGGGGGGGUGAGGAUGGGAACUGGUUGUCAAGGACGGGGGUGUAAAGCACAGGGAUGGGGGGGUUGGGGAGGAGGGAGGCGGGGGGUUUUCACCCGGGAGAGUAUUGUUCUAAAUCGGUAUGGACAGAGGCUGGGGACGGCGGAUCAGAGGGUUGCCUUUGAGGGGGGACCGUGGGAUUGGCAUAGACGGGGGUUGGGUGAUGGGAGGUGUGUGUUGAGUAAAGGGGUUAGGGAGGUGCUGAUGAGGAGGGGGGGUGGAGGAGGGGGAAGGGAGAGGAGGGUUUGGGGGGUUGGGGAGCAGGUUCCGGGGUAUGAGUAUAGGAGGCCGCCGCCGUUGGAUGAGGAUGAUGAGAGGGAGAAUAGUGAGUAUGAGGGCGGUUUCCUGGCCGGCUUGCCGGUUGAGGGGGGGGAUAAAGGGAAGGGGAAGGAGAGGGAGGGGGUGGUUUGUGGUGGGCAGGGUAAUGGUAUUGAUAGCAGACAUCAUGGUGGAAGUGAAAGGCGAGAACAUGGGUUUAUCAGCCCAUCUUCUGCUACGAUGACAACGCCGAGAAGCCCGGAUACGGAACAGGGGCAGGGAGCAAAACCACGCUUCUUUCCGGGGCUGUCAAAUAUGAGGAUGUAA